GCCGCGCGCCGCAUGUAAUAACGUAACGGGACUCUCACGUAAUGAUUCCUUGGUGUUUUGAUAUGGCGUGCGUGUGCAAAGCAUUUUUCGUUCUCGUCAGUGUCUUGUUGUCUUUUUCGUAGUCAGUGUGCGUUCGUUCGUCUAUCGCGAUGAUUAUUUGUAAGAAAGAAAACGAAAAUGAAAAGGGACGCGAGUGUGAAUCAUUUUCAGAGUGUGUGUACAGUCUCAAACACAACGCGUUUCUCUUCUCUCUUUCUCUUCGGUCACGGAGAGUCAGCUUGCCAGUGAGUGAUAGUAAGUGACAAUAAAGAGGGAGGAGGAGGAGGAGGUGGUAUGAUGGAGAACCUAAGGUCGGGUUUGAUAACGACAACGAGAAUGGACAUUAUCAGGGCGGCUGAGGUGCUGCCAUUGCUGCAGGAACGGCUGGCAAUAAUGCCGGGCAGUCGCGAUCGUCGGGGUGGUUUACUGCUCCUGUUCCCCAACAAUCCGAGGCGCGAACGUGCCAAGCCCGAAGACUAUCGCCGACUCCUGCAGUAUCUCAUGGCCAUACCCAACGACGACGAUCGUAAUCUGCGCUUCACCGUGGUUGUCGACAUGCGCGCCACCACUUGGGACUCCGUCAAGCCUAUUCUCAAGGUGCUGCACGACAACUUCCAACACUCGGUGUUUGUGGCCUUCCUGAUAAAGCCCGAGAACUUUUGGCAGAAGCAGCGCACCUCAUUGGCCAAGCAAAAGAAGUACAACUUUGAGAUAAAUACAGUUAACUUAGAAGCGCUAGCUAGGAACAUAGACCCAUCGCAGCUGACCGCCGAUCUCGAGGGAUCGUUGCAGUACGAUCAUGCCCAGUGGAUCGAUGUACGUUUGGCACUCGAAGAUUUCACGUGGCAGGCGACUGAUUUGUUGGAUAGGCUUGACGAUUUGCAAGAGGAUCUUAGUAGAAACGAUUUUGCCGAUGAUGUUGGUGGUGCCAAGCAUGGUAUUGAUAUGCACAAUGAGAUGAAGAAGAAGAUUAUGAAGGUGCCUGUUGAAGAUAUCGGAGCAAUCGGAAACAGACUGCUAGAGCGAUUCAACAUAAACGUGAAUGGCAGUAGUAGUGGCGAAGGUGGAAGCAUUGAGUCAGGUGCGUCAGGUGGCUCCGAAACGGAGAGUCGUGACAUUGCUAACAUCGUGUUACAACACCUCGACUCGGUGAAUGCUGCCCAGCAGCAUCUGCUCCAACUUUGGCACAUCAAGAAAAUGAAGCUUGAACAGUGCUUCCAGCUGAGGCUAUUUGAGCAGGAUUGCGAGAAAAUGUUCGAGUGGAUUUGCCAUAAUCGAGAGAAUUUCUUGGCUAAUUACGUUGAGAUUGGACGAUCUUAUCAGCUGGCAAAAGGCCUGCAAGAAGAUCACAAGCACUUCGCGAUGAACUCGAUGAAUAUGUACGUGAACAUUAACAAGAUCCUGACAAUGGCAGGCCGUCUCCUCGAGACACAGCAUUACGCUGCCGGUCAUAUUCGUGCAGUAGCAGGUCGCUUAGAUCGUGCCUGGAAGGAAUUCGCGGCUGGUCUCGACGAACGCACUGCCGUCCUUAGUUUGAGUGUUGUGUUCCACCACAAAGCCGAGCAAUACGUCGACAGUGUAGCCGGUUGGAGUCAAGCUUGCGAUGCGACGAAUUUGCCCAACGAAAUUCCUGUCCUCGAGUCGCACAUCAGACAACAUCAAACGCUUUACGAGGCUAUGUGCCAAGCUUACACCGAGGUAUAUAACGCAUAUCAAUCACUGUUAAGUGGACUAGGCAAGAUGCUGCAAGUGUGUCACAGCGCGAGCGCAGUUGUUGGCACCGACGAAUACGUGCAUAGUACGAGUAAGAAGCUACUUUACCAACUGGACCACCUCGUGCAAGUGUGUAACCAACCCCAGGGCCUAGACCACGCGACAAGAAAACACAGUCAGGACGGCCACAUGGAUGGACGUGGUGGGAUGAGCGGUAACCCUGCGGCUGACUAUAGCGAGGGCGCGAGCCACGUGCUUGCGGUUAUCCAUCAGAUACUCGGACAUCACCGUGCUCUCGAAGCUCGCUGGCAUGCCAGGAAAAUCAAACUACAUCAGAGAUUGGCGCUCAGGCUAUUCCAAGAAGACGUGAAGCAAGUGCUUGACUGGCUGACGAAUCACGGCGAAGUGUUCAUCCGAAAAAACACCGGCGUCGGACGUAAUCUCCAGAAAGCCCGUGUGUAUCAGAAAAGUCACGAGCAUUUUGAAAACGUGGCGCAGAAUACAUACACGAACGCUUCGAAGCUGUUGACCGCUGCGGAAGAGUUGGCUCAUACAGGAGAGUGUGCCCCUGACGAGAUUUACGCGGUUGCACAGGAGCUCGAAGCGCACGUUAGCAGUUUUGCCGCGAGGGUUGAACAAAGAAGACGACGGCUUGAUCUUGCCGUUGUAUUCUACACACAUGAGAAAGAG